UGCCCAGUGAGAUCUUUAGAUUGUUUUAACACACCGAUUCCUCAGCUCUGUCUCUCCUCCCCGUUUCUCACGUCUACACACAGACCAGCCGCAGGUUUUACAGCGAGACACAGGAAGCAGCGAGAGGAACAUUGAGCGCCUUCAAACUUUACAUUUGACUGAACUGCAGCGUCAUUAUCCUGCGUCCAAAAAAUACGCCACAAGCUUUAUUAUUAUUUUUAUUAUUUUUAACUAUAUAACUCUUUUUUGGUUUUGAGUUAUGAAGCUGAGAUAUUGGCUCAAACCUAAGUGAAGGGGAAGUCACGCUGGUGCCGGGUUUUGACAUCAGCGAGUUCCUCGCGACGGCUGGAAGCAAGUUUUUAACCUGAGAAGAGACUUGUUUAAGGACCUAUUUGAUCCAUCAUUAAACUAUGAAUAUGAAUUGAUUAUUAUUGUUAUUAUCAUUCAUCGUUAUUAGUAUCAUCGACUCGGCUGAUGUCACGGUUGAUGUCAGAGAAACAGAAAUGGAAAUUCCGCUGACAGUUUUCCUAGGCUCAGGGUAAGAGCAACUCAAUGAUGAAUCCAAACAAUACAUGUGAAAAUUUCACGCGCAUUAAUGUGCACAAGAACCCUGGAAACCUGGUGGUCAGUGCUAUCAUGUUUCUUGCUGGCGUGGUGGGCAAUCUGCUAGCUCUGGCCAUUCUCGGGGUCCACCAAAAGGAACGGCGAACCAAAUCCUCCGUUUUCUGCAUCCUUGUAACAGGACUGGCUGUGACGGAUCUGGCAGGGACGUGUUUGCUUAGCCCACCGGUGUUUGUGUGCUACGCGCGUGCUACCUCCCUGGUGGGCUUAACUGGUGACAUGCAUCUGUGCAUCUCUUUUGCCUUUGCCAUGACUUUCUUUGGCCUGGCGUCCAUGCUGAUCCUGUGUGCCAUGGCAGUGGAGCGGUGCCUGGCCAUCAGCCACCCGUAUUUCUACUCCAAGCAUGUACGGCGCCACUUUGCCAAAGUUGCACUUUUUCUUAUCUACCUUUUUUCAGGUGCCUUCUGCCUGCUGCCCAUCUUUGGCAUUGGCCGCUAUAAGCAAUACUGCCCUGGUACAUGGUGCUUUAUUAAAAUGGAGGCUGUGGGUGAGGAUGAAGACGAGGAGAGACGCACACUCGCCUUCUCCCUCUCUUAUUCCCUGUUAAUGGCCUUGCUCAUUGCCGUUGUCUUUGUCUGUAAUGGCUCAGUCAUCGUCAGCCUGUGCCGCAUGCACCGCAGUCAGAUCACACGCCGAGGUUCUGUGGUCUCGACAGGGCGCAAGAAAAGGCUUAGCACCUGGUUUGGCCAGGGUGAGGAAGAGAUGGACCAUCUGGCGAUGCUGGCCUCUAUGACUAUCAUCUUCGUCAUUUGCUCCUUGCCUCUGACUAUUUUUGGCUUCGUCAAUGCCAUCAGCCCCGUAGGAAACGACCAGCAGAACCUUCUUGCAUUCCGCUUCUCUGCAUUCAACCCCGUGGUGGAUCCCUGGGUCUUCAUCAUCUUCCGAAAGUCAAUCUUCCAGCAUGUGCGUUCAUUUUUGCAUUGUCGCUUCAGCAAGGCAGCAGUGAAGCAGACAACACAAGAUGGCCUCUCACAUCGUUUAGAGUCCACCGCACUCCAGAGCAAAAGUUUCUCUGGUGUCCCUCAGUGAGACUCAACAGCAAACCAGGACUCUCUGUUCAUUUUCAUUAACCACUUUCUCAUGGUAAGGGUUCAGAGUGGAUCCAGACCUACUUCAAGUAACACUGGGUCUGAUGCAUGAAUACACACUGACUUGGCUGCCAGUUCAUCACAAGAUAUCAUAUAUGCAUGCAUUCUCAGAUGCAUUCAAAACGAAGGGUAUUUUAUUUUCCUAUACACAUACUGGCAUGUUUUUGCUACAGUAGGUACGAGGAAACCAGAGAUCCCAGUGGAAAUCCCACAUGGACUGGAGAACAUGCAAAACUAGGAAUCUGGACACAAUGAAAUGACAGUGUUAGCCACUACCACACCCUGCUUCCCCAUCAAUUCAAUUCAAUUCAUUUUUAUUUGUAUAGCGCUUUUAACAAUGAACAUUGUCCUAAAACAGCGGGUCAGGAGACUUUAAUAAAAUUAAUAAAAAGAAAACAGUAAAAACGAGACAUAUUUAGUACUAUAUAUGUAAAGUGGAAUUAGUUCUGUAUAGAAUGAUGGACAGUGUGUACAAAAAAGUGUGUGUGUGUGUGUAUAUGUGUAAAAACAGGCUUUUAUGCUUUGUGCACAAACCAUAAAUUAUCUAAAUAUUAUCACAAAACUAUUGUUGUCUACAAUAAGCCACUAUUAUGUGUAUCAUUUAUAAAUACAAAAGUUUAAGCAUCGAAACACUGGGCAGCACUCACUAUUUUAUCAGAAAUACCUGUACCCCUGCUCAUUCAUACAGUUAGGCAACUUGCCAGUUGUGGGGUGGCAACAAUCUGGAUAAAAUUCGAAAUUGCGUAACUCCUGGGAUUUUUACACUCAACAAUCUCUAAAGCGCUAUGUGUGGGAAAACAAAAAAAUGUGCUCAGAAAUCUGCUGAAGUUUGCCAGAGUGACUGAGAUGAUGUUUUCCCCCUUUCCUGAUGUUAUAAUGUGAAUAAUAAAAAAAUAUUAUAAUAAUACUUUUUUUUACCUUUAUCUGCAUGAUUUUUUUUUAUUGUGCUGUUAGCACUUGGCUGAUUUUAUAAUUGCACCAACGUGUAUGUUCAGCAUGUUCUCUUCAUACGAUUGUGUGAUUUUGUGUUUCAGUUGAUCUGUGCAACAACAUUUCUUCACCUCAAACAAAAUGCAAAUGAAUAAGACGGCAGUCAUUCUUUAGUUUGGUGCCCUCGUUUAAUUAAUUAUAGCCAUUUUAACUACAUCCCCAAUAAACCUUGAUACGUUUGCAGAUUGCUAUUUUUUCACAAGUACAUAGAUUUGAUUCAUUCUGUAACUGUAGUUCUGUAUAUUUGCACGUCUCUGCCUUCAAAGUGAAGGUAGGGGCUAUUUUUAUGUCGUCUCAGUUCAUUUCAAGGUUUCUAAAACAACACGUCUGUGAAACCUCUGGAACAGGUGAUGGAGGUUAUAUGGGGGUCAUAUGAGUUUUACUAACCAAAAUCUGCAUUAAGCUUGAAACCGAGAGGUGUUGAAAAUAUUGCCUUUUUAAUCUUUUUUUAAGCAUUGGCUUUACAACAAAUUACACCGUAUUAAAACUAGCCUUUGUGUUGUUGUUUUUUUUAUGUUUUCCCAACAGUAUUGUGUAUUAAGUUUAAAACAUCCAUAAAUAUAUCUUAUAAAUGAAUAAAUUCAGUUGAAAUAAAUGUUGCAAAAGCUUAUAAUUUUAAAAUCACCAUGUCCGUCAUCAUUAAUUGAAACCAAAUGUCGAAAAUCUUUUCAGUGUUCGUGUUUAUUCACUCAGCAAAGAAAAAAAAUUGCAAUUUCCGUUAGCUGGUCACUUGGUCAUCGUGGUUUGUUGUUUGUAAAGAAAAGAUUUUAAUACAACAUGUGGUAUCAAUUGUUGUUGUUGUUAAAGUCUUUGAAAUCAUUUCUGUGGUGACUGCAGAUCAUUUUUGUGGUGUCUAUUUUGUCUGACUUGCUCUUUUAGCUCAUGGAACAAUUAUAAUUCAUAUUUCGGCCUAAAUCAAAGUGCAAAUCUUUAAUGGGAAUCACGAAUACAAAGCAUGCUGUAAUCAGGAGAUCAUUUACGGUCCAUAUCUGGCUGAAACAUUUAUUUGCUAUUAUAAAAAUGUCCUGGUUUCUUUGUAUAGAUUGUGUUUGAGAAUGUGGGGAUAAAUACUAACAGCAGAAAGUGUGCAGCUGGGCUCCUUCUCAACUUUCAAAACAGACAAAUUCUUCAGUAUUGAUUCAAAAAGGUUUUUGCAGAUUUUUUUUUUGCAGGUUCUUUAACACAACUUUCUGUGACACUUUAAACAUAUAGCAGUUCAUUGUGAAGUAAACUAGAGAUGUUUUUAUUUGAUAAAUGCAUUUGGUGUGUAAGUACUGGAAACCAUUAGUAGUGUAUAUAGAAGUGAAAGCUUUGUAUGUACAACACAUGCUACAUCUGGUUUGUGUGACCUCUGUGUGCAGCAUGUGAUGUGGUUUGAAUUCUGACUUGUACUCGGCUCUCUUUUUUUUUUCUUCACAGCAAUUGUUGCAAAAGAGAGAUUUUAUCUCCACAAUCAUGAAGAGUUCUAAAAAUAAUAAACAUGUUAAAAAAAAUGGAGUGCAAUGAUCUUAGUCGUUGGCACAAUAAACACAUGGGAAAAGAAAACUGGGUUCUGUUUACACUGGAUGCUACUUGCAUACUGUGUUAAUAUAAUGGUCUAAAAUAAACUGCAAUAGCAGUGAAAAUAAUUAUGCUAGUGAUAAGAACAUUUGUGCUAUUAGCAGUAAGGCUUAUAAGAAAUUUUGACCAUUUCAACCACCUGCUUUCAUGCAUGAGCUAAUAUUCAAAUGCAAUUUUUUGUUUGUUUUUAAAUAAACUGUC